AUGUCUACCUCGGGCCCCCGCUUCCACAUUCCCUUCCCCUCCAACUUUCUCUCCCUCAACACUCCCACCAAGAGGUCCGCUUCUCUCGAUGGCUCUGUCACCGCUCCCACUCCCGCCCCAGAGCAUUCCUUCCUCUCCAACCGCUCGGUGGCCCAUCGCCACCCUUCCAUCUCCUCGGUCACCAGCGAGGAUUCCACUCGCAGCACGCCACCUGCUGCCGCCCUCGACGCUGCCGUUGCACCUGUCCCUACUCCGAAGAGCCCAACUUUUCUGGCGCUUAACCACAAGUCUGCGGCUCCGCCAAAGAAUGCUCAGGCGCUGAGGGGCGUCGUCGACCACUCCUUCCUGUCCAACAGGCACUAG